GUGAGUGAGAACGGAUUUUACAGUGGUCUUGUUCACCACCACCACUCUCAUAACUAAAUGGCUUAUAUCUUUAAAAUAUCCGCUCUUCAUGAAUUUCACAGCCAAUUCUUAUCCUUCAAUUGUUUGCACCAACUCGCAAGAAUGGCUCCUAAGUCCACGGGCUGCUGGUUGCUCAAUUUCACUGCGUAGAAGAAUCUGCCAACCUUGUCUUACUCGUCUUGCCGGCUAAAGCUUUUUUCUACUAAUUGGAAGACGGUAGCAGUAUUAUCGGAGAAGCAAUUGUUUUUAAAGUCACGACAAAAAACUUAUGCUUCAUUCACAAUCAGUAACAACAUCUGCUGGAAAGUUACAUUUGUCCUGGUGAGAAGAAAUGGGAAACUCGGCGUCAAAGAAGCAGCUGGUAGACUCUUCCGAGGAAGGUGUCAAGGCCUGGCUGAAUAAAGCUCGAGAGGAAUUUGACGAACGAUGGCGAAACCCACAAUCCACAGUGUCCAACUUGGACGAGUUUGACCGUCUCAAGACGUUAGGAACUGGAUCCUUCGGCCGAGUAAUGCUCGUCCAACACAAGUCCAGCAAGGAGUAUUACGCCAUGAAGAUUUUGGAUAAACAGAAGAUUGUCAAGCUAAAGCAAGUGGAGCACACGUUAAACGAAAAACGUAUUCUGAGCUGCGUGAGAUUCCCCUUCCUCGUUGGACUCAAAUACCACCUGAAAGAUACUACAAAUCUUUAUAUGUUCAUGGAAUUUGUAAACGGCGGAGAGAUGUUUGGUCACCUUAGAAGACUUGGGCGAUUCAGCGAACCUCACACACGAUUCUACGCUGCUCAAAUCGUGAUGGCUUUCGAAUACCUUCACCAUCUGGAUAUCAUUUAUAGAGACUUGAAACCAGAAAAUAUCCUCAUUGAUAACAAAGGAUACUUGAAGGUCACGGACUUUGGAUUCGCGAAGAGGGUGAAAGGACGAACGUGGACUUUAUGCGGAACUCCUGAGUACCUUGCACCAGAAAUCAUAUUAUCAAAAGGAUAUAACAAGGCCGUUGACUGGUGGGCUGUGGGCGUGCUCAUGUUCGAGAUGUCGGCAGGAUAUCCGCCGUUCUUUGCGGACCAGCCAAUUCAAAUCUACGAGAAAAUUGUGGGUGGUAAAGUAAGGUUUCCCUCUCAUCUGUCCAAUGAUCUUAAGAACCUUCUUCAGAAUAUGCUACAAGUUGAUCUCACUAAACGGUUCGGCAACCUGAAGAAUGGUGUUUUUGAUAUUAAAUCCCACAAAUGGUUUGAUAAUGUGGAUUGGAUAGCUAUCUUUGAUAGAAAGGUUGAAUCUCCGUUCGUUCCAAAAGUUAAGAAUAUCGGCGACACUAGCAACUUUGACGAUUACGAAGAGGAAGUUCUCCGAAUUGCUUCAACGGAAAGAUGUGCCAAGGAAUUUGCGGACUUUUAACUCUCCAGUCAUAUGCCGCUAAUGACUUUAGACUGAAAUUUUUCGUGUGUAUAAUUGAAAUAAAAAUUCGUAAAAUACUUGUAUAUAUAGAAUACAGCUUAAAAAUGUGUCAAACGAGAAUGCAUAAUAAUAAUAAUUCAGAGAUUUUUAUGUACUGACCCUGACCCAACAAUGACAACAAUAAAAUAGCUGCAACAGUAUUACUAAACAAAAA